GUGGUUUGUCUAGCAGAGAACGAAGCCACUUUUCACUAUCUAGUCAUAUUUCGAAUAGAGUGGCACAGGACGUGUUAAUUAGGAUUAGUUCAAUAAGUCUGGAUUUGUAGGCUUGUCUCAUGGAUGCUAUGUAGAACAUUUCGGGGAAAACGGGUUUUCUACCAAGUGCAACAUUUCGCUUCGUUUGAACUUGGAACAAAUGGUAACCAUGAGAUAUAAUUUCGGAUACUGUUUCCAUUCUUUUGUCAUCAUCUUUCCCACCUAAUGCACGAACAUCAGUGAUGAAAACUCUAUUUUUCGUUGGAACAUCUGCCAGUUGAAUCUGACAAGGAAACUCAGUCGAAACAUGGUAAAAGUGGACACAAUAGAAAUAGCCCUUGACAUAGGAAUCCAAAAUGAUAUUUUGACCCGUGUGAAUGGAUUUAUACGCAUAAUUCUAUAAUUUCUAUACAUGAAAGCCCUAUAUGCGGCGCAGCAAGUUCUAGCUGGACUCAGUGGUCAUAGGCAAUUCGUUGUAUUCAAUACUACCAUAGAGGUCAAGCAGCUAAGAACAUAUCCAUUCGUUUCGUUACCGCCGGGUGCCCUUGGAGAGAGAAGUACUCGACUGAAUGGUCAUGAUGUGAAUAAGUCCAAUCAGCACGCAUUGGCAACCAAUAUUAGUCGAAAACCGUAACGACAACUGAAGAGACUGCAUUCAUUGUGAUCUGCUUUGAAAGUGAUAUUUUUGUUAUUGCUGAACAAUAUCAAAACCUCGACCCUCUUGACCUUAAAUGUAAUCGUGGUAUUGUGAAUGAAAAUAUAACAUAACAUCAUGAACCAAUGCGAAUAGUCAUAUUACUGUACAUAUUAUUGCAGAUGGUGAAAGGAUGUUGGAUGUUGACACUAGUUUCUCUGAUUCACUGCAAGCGAUAUGUCGCUUUCCUCUCGUCCGAUUGAACGAACUGACACAAACGGGAUCCUUGCUUAUGCCGUGUGGUACAAAUGAUUUUCAUUAAUGCCUCAUGCAACAGAGAUCAUGUGGUCCUAACUCUCAAAACUCAAUCAGUUUAUGGUGUGGGUGACAACUCUUUUAAAGGCAGAAUCGGACUAUGACAGUUGUUAAAAACAAAGGCUGUGAUUCUAUCAUUGAAAUUCAGAAUGAGGACCAGCUGUGUUUGGUACAGUACAAUCAAUUUAACAUAGGGCUAUUGUGUCGUUAGUACGAAGAUAGGAUUAAAAUUCGAUUUUAAAGGAGUAAAAGACUGAAAAAUGGCGGACUUCAUUAACGUUUAUAAUAACUAUUUGAAGACAUUUGUGGAUAAGGGCCCAGCUUAUCUUGCCCGGGCUGCAGCUGUACUGGAGUACGACGGGGACACAGAGGAUACCUUUGGACGUCCUAAGGUCAAAACCCCAACUAAAUCAAAGUCAACAAGAUCCAAGAUGGCGUCAAAUAAAAACGGUAGCCAUGACAACGGGCCACCUGGGGGCAGUGCAGCAGACUCGGCAAACAACAACAACAUUCGGAACACAGGGAGACUGACAUCACAACUCAGCACAGAAACCGAAGGAACUUUGUCCACGUGCAGUACGCUUGAUCGAUACAUACGCGGCGAGGACCGCCAUGUUUCCAACUCAGAUUUCGAGGAUAUGUGUAAGGCGAAUGACCUGAGCGACACAGAUACACUAACCGGAAGUCCGCAUGUGCGUAGCCCAGUCGCACCAAAUGGAAAGUUCCCAUCGACUGGGUUGAACAUUGCGAAAGAUUUCAUCUCGCCCGGUCGCCAGGAUGAUCAAACGGAUAGGCAUUAUCUGCAGCAAUUAGAAGAACUAAUCAAUGAACCAUUGGGUGAUCAACCGGAACAAAUCUCUGCUUCAUCGGCACAUGAUACUAUUGGUCAAAUCAAUCUGGACUAUUUCGCUCAACUCGAAGCCUCAACUGGUCCUCCUAAAGGUAGAAAGGAAGGCCGACCGGAUGCAAAUGGAAGGAAUAGACGACAUGAAGACAUUUCGGCAAGGGUAGACCAUGACACUAGGGAUCUGUUGGCUCAGUUGGAAGGCUUCGGCCCGAGGCCUCCAAUGCGUGAGUUAGAUCAGACGGUCCAAGACACGAUCGGGGGUAUGAAUCUUGAAUAUCCUGCUGAACUUGAGGAAGGUACAAUCUCGGUGACGUCAGUCCAAGAUACGAUAGGCUUACCGAAUCUCGACUAUCUCGCACAACUUGAAGGGAAGCAAAAUGGCAACAGACAUCAAGCCUCGAGUAGACUAAAUGGGAAUGAUCUUGAAGGUCGCAAACUUGCAAAAAGUCCCGUUCAAAAGACCGUUAUUAACACUGCCACCGGUAAUUCUCCAGAAAGAUCGCCGGUUUUUACGCGCAGAACGAGUGGGGGUAUUCUAAACAGAGUUCAAGCAUUUGAGAAGCGUAUGUCAGGUGGCGCUGUAAAAGAGGAUACUGAAAUCAAGGCCAUUGAAAAAGAGUAUGAGGACUAUCCAGGUUUCAGAGACUUAAGAGAAUUUGAGGAAAUUCGGGAGAGAGAAGCUGAGGAGAGGUUAGAUAGCUUGGGCCCGGAGGAGGAUGAAGAAGAAAGGAAUAAGUCUGUCAGAGAUGCCAUUGGUAUUUUCGAGCGCUUUAAGAGCAGUCUAGGUCAAAUUAAAGAAACGCCCCGCCCCGCUGGUAAGAUUAGACCAGACGCCUGUGAAAAACAAGAAGCUAGACCUGAUGCCCAUGGCAAGUCUGCUCAGUCUGCUCCAAAGCAAGAUGCUGGGUCUCGACCUGCUCUAAGGCCACAACUAGCAUUUGAAAGGUCUUUUGAUCUUGAUUCGUCAUCUGUUGAGCAGAAGAAGCAGAAGGUACCUCAGAGUCCGAAGAAAGAGGAUAGGGAUUCAAGGUUACGUCAAGGUCAAUAUCAAAAGGUGCAAUCUACAGCUAGCGGUGUAACUGAGAACAACUCUGAUCGCAGCAGAGUCAUAUUUCGCAGUAGCAGUGCGGAUCGUUUCAGUGAUCCGAACAGGCAGAAUUUGUCCAAGAAGCGUGAUGUUUCUCCUCGGUUUUCGCCCCAGAAUGCUGCAGACCCUGAGGAUGAAAAGAGGAGAUUAAAGAACAGGAGUCAGAGUGGGGACCGGAUUCGCCCAAAGAGUGAGUACAGAGCACAGGAGGAAAGGUCCAGGCGAGGACAAGAGACGUACGUGUCGUUCGCAAAAGAUCGGCCUCGUCCUCGGGGUAGGCAGUCUAGGAAGGACGAACGUGGGCGGACAAAGGAUAGGAAUGCAGACAGAUUUGUCAAGUCAGAUCCUGAGUUUACGAACACCUCUGACGAAAUGGAGCAAUAUCAUGAAAUUUCCCCUAUCCCACCACGGGAUGAGUUAAAGAGACGCAGUGGGUUUGAACGCCAUUUGGAACAGCCUCCACUGUCUCCCGUAAAAGAGGUGCGGCCAAUUAGCGGGCAUUACGAUAAUCAGCUGUCACCCCCUCCGCCAUUUGAUCCAAGACGGCGCAGUGGGAGUUAUGAGCGACAACCUGCGUUGAUAGUAUCACCACAGCCGGGAGAGAGGCGGAGCGAAAGUUAUGAUAGGCCUCAAUCUGGUAUGGUGCUUUCUCCCCACCAAUCCUACCCUGAUUUGAAGCGCUGGAGCGGUAAUUACGAUCGUCAGGGAAGACCUGAGGUACCUCAACCAGGUCCGCCCAACUUACCAGUCCGAGCAAUGCCACGAGUACCACAAGGGUUCGAACGGGACUACAGGAUACCACCAUAUCGUGAUCUUAACCAGUACCCAGAGAGGCGUGAUUCUCCUCGUAUGAGAGAAGACAGGGGGUCGCCUUACAUGCAUGAGCAUGGACCAGGCUCCCCGCGCUGCUUCAGCCCCCAGCAGCGGCCGUACGGAGAUAGGGAAGGGUCUCCCAGGUGCUUUAGCCCCAGGCAAUGGCCUAACCAGGAACGUGAAGGCGGCUGCGGCUCUCCGCACUUUAGUCCCCAUCAUCGCCACGAGGGCUACCACCAACGCCAAGAAGACGACCCGAUAUACGCACGAGUCCAGAAGACGAAUCGGCCAUACUACGGCCCACCCGAACCAGGGACGUACUACAUGCACGACAGGCCGGAGCAGUGGCAGAGAAGUCUUCACUACGACUACGAGCAGCGGUACUAUGAGAGCAGAUCACCUGCAUUUCGUUACCCACCAUACCAAGGUUACCCCCAAGACCCGUACAUGCGUUAUCCUCAAGAUUACACACCAAGGGACUGGGAAUAUCAAGACAGGUCGCCGUAUUCUAUGAGUUACCCACCACCGCUGGAAGUUUGUCCAUAUCACCACCCGACAGACCCGAGAAGCUACCAUGAUCCAAUCAGUCCGAAGAAUACCCACCAGAAUGAACCGAGGAGUUACCAUGAGCAACUGAGUCCAAAAAACCUGCACCACACUGACUCCAGGGGUUAUCAAGAACCUUUGAGUCCAAAGCACAUGCACCAGGAUUUGAAGACCCCGUAUGAUAAUGUUGAUAACCUUGGUCCUUUGAGGCAUAUCCCACAACACGUCCGUGGGACCAGCCCCACAGGCUACCAUAGUGAUGAUCCUAUGUAUCUACGAAAAAUGAAUGAUUAUGUACAUCGUCAACAAACUCAGCUCAGUCAACAACAGACUCAGCGUCAAGAACGGCCUCAACUAGGAGAUUCGAGGAAUUUCUAUAGCGAUUUCCACCCUGGCGACCCCUACUGCCAAGAGCAGGAGCAAAAGGACUUGGAACGAGUGAAAGAACAGGUAAAACCAAGAGAGUGGAAAUAUGGCGUCGAUAGCAACUUUCAAGCGGACCCCUAUCGGCCCGGAGAUGAAUCAACAGAAUGGAAGUAUGCUAACAAGCAAGAGGAAGAAGAGAACUGGAAAUAUGGGGACGGGGAUGAAAAUGAGGGUGCGCAGACGACAGAUAGCGCGUUUCAUCUGUAUCUACCCGACGAUGACCCGUUUGCACAGUUGAAUCCAACAACAAGGGCGCCGGACCUUGCCGAGAUAAAGCAUGGACAGAUUGGAUCCUUCGACAGUGACAUGAUCCCAUCUUACUCCGACCUACCCGACCAGGAGGCCGUGCAGUCGCAGGACCCAUUGGAUCAGUACAUGUCGCCUCCCAGGCAGAUGAAAUUGAGACCGAAACACGUCAAAAAGGAGACAGAUGCAAAGAAAGUGGCGCCUCUUGCGGUCAGGCUUGAUACUCAUUUCGACCGAAGUGACACCAUGCGAUCAACAAGCACUAAUACUUCUACUCUGAAGUCUUUCGCGACGGAUACUAUUGGGUCUUCGAAGAGCUGGGGAAAGUAUGACCCUUUUGUGAAUCCGUCUGCUUUCGCACCAGAGCUGGGUCUGGAAUUGAUGCCGAAUUGGAAACGGGAAGAUCGGGAUAAAACUCCCACGCGAUCUGGGCCGCCACCGCAACGCUCUCUUUCGGAUCCAAGUGAAACUGAAAGCUCUAAGGGCCGCGAGAUCAGACCUUAUGGUAGGUCUAGAACCAGUCCAGGCGCUGUGCCGAAUAUUACUGUAAAUUCUCCCAGUCCGGCUGGUCAAACCAAAGGCACUAAUAUGAACAGGGAUGUUUGGAUGCAAUUGGAAGCGAGGCAUCCGCAGCGAGUGCCCCCUGCGACCUCUAGUUCUAAUCUCAGCAAGAUCGAAAUUGCGUCUUCCGUUGUUAGUACGAAAGCUACCACGCCAUCUGACGUCGAGAAGACGAACAGUUGGCAAUACAAUAAAGGUUCUGGUGAGGCGAAGGAGCCAAAGGGGGCGCUGGUUGAGAGAGACAUUUUGAAGGAAAAGGGGGUCUUCUUUUCGCAACCAAAUACUGACGCUUCCAAGGUAAAAAAAAACUUUGAUGAAAUUCGAGGUCCGGAGUUGUCACGAAAAAAGCUGAUUUACAGAAAAUCCAACAGCGAUACGAGGAUACCUAUAAAUGGUAAACCGGAGCGCCCUAAGACGCUCAAUAUCCAACACGAGUUUUCGAAACCGGACGCCGAUUUGAAGAGAAUGGAAUUGUCAAGAUUCAGAGACCACUGCGUGAAGCAGCUGACUGACAGUGCGUUAGCUGUCAAAUGUGACACGGGUCACGUGGAAGUGAAACGAGAAUUGCGAGAACUCUCCAGUUCAAGAGGCGCAAAAAUCGCUGGUAUAAAAUCCACCAUGUUUGAUGCGAAUGGAAAACGAGAAGUGAUGAUACACCCACUUCCGGUAAAAUCUCAAAAUAUUCCGUUGUCUUCCACGAGUUUUAAGGGAAGUGUUAGUUAUUCUCAAGGGUUAGCAGGAGAUGAAUAUUUAAUAAAUGUCACUAAAGAAACGAAAGUUAAAAAGACGCCUUUUAUUCAGGAUCAUUUAGCGGAACUAGAAGGACUUUUUGCAGACUUAGACUUAGAUAAUGAGAAUUUAUUAGCAAACGCUGAAAGGCAGGAAUUAAAGGUUAAUCUCCUGACACAAGGGGAUAAUCUCAUCAGAAGUUUAGGUCCCCUCACUAUCGAUGUUGGGGUAUUGGACGCUAAAGAUCCUGAUGAGCCCAUGCCAAGUUUAGAAUAUGCGCGAAAAUGGCUUGCGGAGGAAAACGAAAGGAUUUUGAAUGAUGCAGCAGAUUUUGAAAGCAUGCUGGAUAAUGCCUUUGAAGGUCAAGCUGAAAGUAAUGACGCCGUUGUUGAGAAAGGUUCUCAGCAGUUUCUAGGGGGUGAUUUGAAACUACAACAUUCGGAUUCCAGUUCUGUGAUAAGCGACACAAGGUCAGCACCUUGUGUUUCAGUCAGUGCCACCCGGCGGCCAUUGUUCCCACGUAAGAUAACAGACGAUGUGUUGACGAGGAGGAUUGCCAGGAGCAACAGUGGAAGCUCUGUUCCAGCUCUGCCGCCGGUGUCUCCGAUGAGCUUUUUGACACUAGCGCAAUCCGUGUCACCAUCCGAGAGUACAGAGUGUAUGAAUCGAAGGGCCCGAUCGCGCUCGCGCACACCAGAUGCUGUGUUAGACGAUAUACAUUUCAGGAAAAUCUACCGCUCGAUUUCACAACCCGGAAUUGACCGACAGGGGGUCAAGGCCAAACCAUCUCCGACAACUGCAGACUACCUCCGAGAACGCACGACAGAACCACUAAGGCAAUUGAGGCUCGGGGUUACGAACACUGCUGAUAUGUACCAUGACGACCUCGCCUACAGGCGCCUGAGAAAAGAUGUACCAAACCUUCCAACGGAUGUUGUCAAUUUACGGCAAAGGUCGCGAAGUUUAGACAAUAUCAAAAGUCAAAGAUCGCCAAUUUUACGGCACAGACGACCGCCAGAUGGAAAACCGACUUCUAGGAAAUUAUCUGAAAUAAAGGCGCGCAGAAUUCGAAGAACAUCUUUAUCGAAAGGUGUGGGGAAUUUGGUAGAUUUGUUUGACUCGAGUGAGGACUCUGGCGGUAAGUUUGUGAUUAGACAAUCGCACAGUUUACCCGACUUGAGCGGUUACAGGACCGAAUUAAGUGUGGAUUUUGACCACAGGGGAAACAUUGUGAGCGCGGAUCCGAAAUAUGUCCAGCAUGCGCGCCAUCCAAAGAAAACACCACGCACAGUGAAAAUGAAGUCGAAGCUCCGACAGAGAUAUUCAGAUUCGAUGGACGAUUCAGAGACUGGUGAUAGUGGAGAAAGGUUCGAUUGUUGUGAUAGACUGCAGGGCAACCAUUCAGCAGAUUCGUCAGAUAAUCCGACAUCUGAGGGCGGGCUUUCCGGCUCGGAGGACGCUAGUCAUGAGUUUGAGGUCAGGUCAACGUCACUGACAUCACAAUCACAUGACUCGGACAGGAAUUCGGAUCUAGAGACAAAGAGAUUCGUUGCAGAUUCAGACAGUUGGGGUAAACAGGGUGCGGAGCGCUUCAAAAGAAGUCCGGUCAUAGAACCUGACGUGUUUAUUCCGCGAAAACAAACUGAUGAGAAAAUAAAAAAUUGGUACAAAUCGCACAAGGAAAGUUUUAACAAGAGGUUUUCGUACUUUGAAUCGGGCUGCACAGAUCAUAGCUCCACGAGAACUAAUCGUUAUCGGAUAACACUCCGCAAGUCUGCAUCACAGGACAAUCUUACGGGCGCAAAAGUAGAACUGCAGACCAGAGUUCAAAGCUACUCCAAAGAGGCCGAACAGGCUUCCGCGGAAAGAGCCAAGCGGCCUUCCACUUUACGCAUGAGUUAUGGUUCCGACCCCUGUCUGUCUGAGGGUAGGUCUCGGCCUCCGAAACACAGCGAUAGCAUCAACCGGUUCAGGUCCAUUUUACACUUCACCGUUCCACCUUAGAAGCAAGAUUUUACUAAGGUUUAACGAACUGUAGGCGACCCUUACAAUCAGAUGACAAUGCAAGAUUGACUGUGAGGUUAAUAGUGUAACAGAAGAUGUUUUUAUAUCGGGUGUAUGGCGACACGUGAUGCUGGGCUGGUGGGGUGAUUUCCAUGACAGGAGGCUUUGGUCAAACCACUUUAACAAAUCAAAACAAGAUGAACCCCAUGCGAAGCUAAAUUGUCUUACCGCAUCUAUUCAAUGAUUCUGAUGGUCAUCGUAGUUAUCCUGAUGACCGCCAUGUUACCGGUCAGAUAAGAGAGAGUUUCCGCAAAGCUCCCGAAGCAACAACGCGGACGCCAAUCCCAUUGUUCGGCGACCUAUAUGAUCGCGGAGGUCGAACGAUCGGACUGGCGUUCGCGUUUGCGUUUUGUGGGCUUGCGAAAUCUCCCUGUUGAGUAUGACUGCAAUCUUACAUUAACAAGUGGCGCUAAAUAUAUAACGUGCAAGUUAAUCCUGUUUUAAACGUGUACACAAUCAUGUACGAUAUAUCGUAGUUACUGUUUGUUGAGAAUAAAUUUACAGGUUAUUGAUCAAAGUUGUGUUUACUUAAUUUGACCUGUACUCUAAUCUGGCCCAACUCCAAAAAUGAGCCCUCAACUGAUCUCCACUUCCAGUAAAAUGCAGAGAGAACUGUUGUAAUAACC